CUUAAACCUUUUCACGUUACAAUGUACUCUACCGCCGAGAGAUAAGACCGGGGUGUGACGUCAUCAGUCACUAUCAAGGACUUCACCAAGAACGAGACCAUUCACAGAAAUGUCGGUCCUUCCUCUGCUUACCUUAUUAUCAGUACUGUCCGUCUGUCUGUGCGACUGUGGAGUCGGGUGGGCGGAGUUAAACGGAGAGUGUAUCUACUUCAGCCACGACAAACACACCUGGUCCGACGCAAGAACAAAAUGUCACAACAUGAACAGAAGUUACCUGGUGACCAUCGACAACCAGCCGAAGGCGGACUACAUCAACAAGUUUCUGAGCACCCUCCACCACUUUCGGCAAGUUGGUUACUGGCUGGGAGGAAAUGAUUAUAUCGUUGAGGGCCAAUGGCGCUGGAGUGAGACCGGAACUGGAUUAGGGGAUUUCACUCAGUGGGGACCCGGAUAUCCGGACGGUAACAGGACGCACGACUGCAUGCUCCAGGUCUUCAACGGAGAAACAUCAAUGUGGAUCGACUCCAACUGUGCUCAUCCACACUACUAUAUUUGUGAACACCAAGCGCCGACCGUCAGUACUGUGAUCGGCUGAUGGCUGACCGGAAGCUGAUGUACUGAUGUUGUCUUAUUGGAAAUAAACCUAACGCUAAUAAACAUCCAUUCUUGUA